AUGUUCAGGAAGAGAUUAGUGAACAAAAGCUCCUCUGAUGAAAAGAGCCAAAAAAAGAGGCAGAGAAUCAAUUUUAGCGAAGAGAAACCUGUCGCUAGCGAUGAAGAAAAGGGUUCCGGUGAUAUCGUGGGCUUAACGAAGAGUGGAAAUGGCAAGAAAUUCCAACCUCCACCUGCGAAUGAGCGUGAACUACAGAGAAAGGAUGAGGAUCUAGACAAUUACACUCUAACUGUCAACGACGACAGCACUAAAGAAGAUCUUCUAAACUCUGAGAGAAAAGAGCUGACCGAGAAAGUGAAGGAGAGGCGACCCAGCGAUGGCGAUGAACCAGUAUUGAACAUGAGCGGUAAAAGUACACGGCUCGCCAAGCAGAUCAACCAGCCAACAAAUAUCCGUACCACGGUGCUUAUGGACUUCCAGCCGGAUGUUUGCAAAGAUUUCAAACAGACAGGUUAUUGUGGUUACGGAGACAGCUGCAAGUUCUUACACUCGAGGGAUGAUUUCAAGACUGGCUGGAAGAUGAAUCAGGAAUGGGAUGUAGAGAAAGAGGACUCUAAAACAGUUACUCUAGACUUAGAGAAGAUACCGUUUAAGUGCACUCUUUGUAAGGAAGAUUACAAGUCACCAGUGGUUACAAACUGUGGCCAUUAUUUUUGCGGAUCCUGUUUUGCCAAGGAUAUGAAGAAAGGUACCAAAUGCUUUAUAUGCCACAAGGAAACCCACGGUAGUGCAAAGGUAGCAUCCGAUUUACAGAAAAUACUAAACAAAAGGAAAUGUUGA